GAGGGAUACCAGUCGAGCUUGAGCACGUGACAAAAGAACACUAAGAAGCAACGCGGCGAACUCUGAGACUUUUUUCUUUCAUGAAUCUUUGCAGUUGCAAGCAACGCUCUCCAACAGCAGUGCCAUGCUCCGUGCAUGCAAAGUCUUGCUCAUGCUCUCGCGAACGCCAAAUUUCAUGCGCCUGUUGUCGCCAGAAUCAAGUUAACAGGCUGCGGCUCGUGUGGCCAAGCAUUUGAAUGGGAGAGUCCUUGCAGGAGCCUGUCGCCAGAUCUGAAGACAUCGGCAAGGACGGACGCAGUUCUGUCAGGUCUCCAACGAAGACAUCGGCACGGUGCACGAUUUCCGCACUUCAAGCGUUGAGAUGGAAUACACAUUGACGAUUCUUGCGGUUCCUGUGAUCCACAUUCUCAUCGCAGCUUUGCACGAGUGCCCUUCAUCGACAGAAGGCCAUAACAUGCCCUCACGUGAUGGGCCAGGGCGUGGGUCCCACCGACGCCCUUGACCAAUGAUGGUCGCGUCCAGGCACAGACUCCGGCACAGACGGUGCGACCCCGACAAAUGCGCCAGGCAUCUCCUGUCAUAGCCCUGCCUUCGUGGACUUUGCCCGGGUCCACCGGGGCCUCGCCCUGCAUGUCUCCAUUACCUCCUCCGCCUGGCUACAGAACGCCUGCGAUUGCCCCUUCGGUGCAGGUGUCGAACAUGACGCCAUUGACGCCGUACCUCGACACUGCGCCGCAGUUGAGUGCGGUCGCCGCUAGCACAGCCCGUAGGGCCGCUGGUUUGGCUGCUGCAGCCACGCUUCGCCGGGAAGCCUCGCGGCCGGCAGUGCGCAUAUCUUCAGCUACAGUGCCGCCAAAGCGGAGUGUAUGGGCUGAGGUGGCAAGGCUUCGCCAAGAAGAUUAUUAUUUCGUUUGUGUGAUUGGCGGCGCCGAAAUGACAGGCGCCACCGCUGAAUUCAUUGAGUACUUGGCGCAGGAGCUUCGAACUCGGCUGCCACCAAGCGUGGCCUUUGUGGUGAAUGGCACCUGUGGCGUUUCGCAGGCCUUUUGUGACGGCUUCAAAGAUCAAAGCCGGUUAGUAAACUUGCAGAAUCCUAGUUGCCUUGAAGAGCGUGGACUGCAGGGGCAAGACGCCUCAGAGCUCCUGAACCUUCUAGGUGACGUCUUCAUUUUCAUCGAGGCCUGUCCUGAGGCAGCGAAUGUGGCCCAGAAGGCUCUUGAGCGGGGAGCCGACCUCGUGCCGGUCCGACGAGGAAGCUUCCUGGACAUUCCGAAGCAGGCCUUUCUGCGGCCUUCCUUCGUUGGCGAGAGCUGCUGGGCGCUCCUCUCCGACCCUACGGCCCCCACUGCCGCCGCCUCCGCUGCCGCCUCCGCGGCCGUGGCCGGGGCGCUGGCGCAAAGGUGCCGGCCGAAAGCGCGGCUAGCUCGUAGCUCCAGCAGCUUUCACGCGUCUCCUCGGUUUGUCGUGCGCCAGGGUACGCAGGUAAUGACCGCAAGAGCGCGCCCAGGUGCAGCAUCACCACUCCCAGCAUUUUCCCCGCCCAGCUCACUGCAAGCCCCGGCGGCACAGAGGCUGAUGCUGUGCCCCAGCGCACCAACCAUCCAUACAUGGGCAAGGUCACUUUCGCCUCCACCCCUGGAGCCAUGCCGCGCAUCUGCGUCACUGGGACACACCGCACACCAGCUGCCGCAGCGGCCACAGCGAGCUUUUCAGUGGCCAGCUCCAGCGAUAGAGCCUUGUGUCCUUGAGGCGUCCAUGGCUCAGAAGCCGCGGGCAAGCUCGCCUUUGGGACCAAGCCGGGGAGGUCACGCAUCCUACUUCAAUGCAUAAAUCAACAGCAA